CGCUUUGUGAGUUAGACUAGAUUGCGAAGCCUUGUAGAAAGAGGAUGUCAGAGACCGGAACGUGCAUGAAGCUGUUAAAUCCACCAGAUGCACCUGAUGGAUGUGAACUACCAUCUGGCUAUAAAGCCAAACGAUGCUUCUUCUGCAAAAGUUGGACCACCGAUAAGGCACCAUGGGACCAGCGAAACACCCCUCUUGAUGCCUGGCACCCUUUGAUGCCGUGGGGGAGAGGGAACAAACAGAAACCGAUUGGCGAUGUAUGCAAGGUCUGUAUGGUAGUAUGGGAGCAAUGUGGAUUUGAAGCUGAGCACAAGUUCGACAUGAAUGCGUUUCGGAAGGCAGUGACGGAGAACGGAACCCUUCUGCAUCCAUUUUUGGCUUGCCGUUUGAAAGCCAUCAAGAUCAAGAUUGCAGACCCAUCAGUUCGGUUUCGUUUGGAGAAGCAGGGGAUUACAAUGCACACCGUGGUGACACAAGAGGUUGGCGAGCGGGGACUUGAAGCUCCGGAGGAAUAUUGGGUCGAGUUGUCGGCAUAUGAGAAGGAUCCAGAAAACCCACCUGUGCAAGCAUCCGACUAUGUGUAUGAAUAUGUGGAUGGGGUCUUGAAAGCAGGUGUAAAUGUGUUGACUGGAAAAGCUGGAUGGCACAAACGCAUCAACCGUGACUACAACAGCGUUUCAAAGCGCACCAAGUUGACUGAUGAUGUGGAGAUUUCUGAUGGUGCGAUUGACAAAGUUCAUGCAGCUGCCAAAAGCAUUGUGUUGAAGCGUAAGGCAGCUACCAUUGCACUUCCAGAAGGACAGCGAGCUUCCUCGAGUUCGCGUGCUGAACAUCCAGUGGAAUCGAUGUCUGCGCCAUCUUUGAGGGCAGACAACGCAACUGAGAGAGGAGACCCUGAUGAUGCCACCUCUGCAUCAGAUGACGAGACAGAUAUGCCAUCCACUGGCUUGAUGAACUUGCUCAAGGGUUACCAGAACCAUGGGUCAAAAGCUCCUGGACCCAAAGCUGUUGCAAAGUCGACUGCUGCAAAGGCUGCUGCUCCGAAGAAGGCAAGUGUUCGCCCCAAAGCUUGCCCCAAGGCAUCUACUUCCAGCUCUGCAGCAAUGAAGACUAGCAUUGGAUCAGUUGAUUCGAAGAGGAGAAAGACUACAGCUGUGCCUGAAUUCUCAGCACCACAUGUUGGUAACACUGAGGACAUGUGCGCAGCAGACAAGGAGAUUGUGGAAAGCUUUCAGACACGAUUGCAAGACCUCAGGUCGGUCAAGCCUCCUUUGUCAGAGCCACAGUUCAAGACAUACAUUGGUGACCUCAUUUCGAAGAGCAACUCAUUCUGGAGCGAUGUUAGAACCAAGAGCAGAUCAGCAAAGCGACGCAACAACAAGGAUGAUCCCUUGCCCAUGGUGUUGGACGGCAUUGAGGAAUCCAUCAAGGAGCACAUCAACUUGCUCAAAUGUGUCUUGGGUACAGUCCCAGUGGAUUCGACGACAACAUUGAUCACAAUGCUGGAUGAGGCAACAACAUUGCGCCAGUGUGACUUCAACAAUGCCGUCAUCCGGAAGGGAUUGAAAUCUUUGGUGAUUCAAGACGUCCAUGUCUCUGAUUGGCAGAAGCUGAGCACAGACACAUUGACCAUUAUCCAUGACCGAUUUGGUCCAGAUGCGGGCGAUGGUGUCAGCAGCGACGAUUUCUUUAUCAUCUUGGUCAUGCAGAACUUCCAGAAGCUACUUCGAUGUGCAUCGUCAAAGUUCAAGAACAAGGAGACCACUUUUGGCGCUGUGAACAAGGAAGCAUUUGAGGGCGUCAUCAAUUUUUUGAGUGUUAUGGCGACAGGCAGCCAACUCCCAGAUCGGCUGAAGAUUGAUGCUGAACAGGUUCGUCUGAUCAUGACAGCUGACACUGCCGAGAUUGCAGAGGUUUCGAAAGCUGCAUUGGUUAUCGAUGGUAUCAAGCGAUCUCAGGAACAGAUCAAGGCUUAUCCAUUGGCAUUCAGUCUCCUUAGUCUUCCGAUUGGCUUGCGGUUUGUCAAGGAUGCUAAGGAAGUGAUUGAAGAGAGGAAGGAGAAGAUUGGAGACGCUGCAGUUCUACAAGAAUCAGUUGAAACGCUGCAAGGGUUACAUCUUGGAGACACAACCGCUCUUCUUGUGAUGUCGAAGCAGUUGAAGAAGCUGAACUCCAUUGUAUUGCAGGUGUCGAACAAUAAGGUCGUGAUGAAAAGCAUUGGUGCUGACACAGUCAAGUCCAGACUUGACAUUGUGAGAUCGUAUUCCCUGGACGCACUUGUCUUCUUCACUCAACAUCAGGUGAUGCCUUGGGUUACCAAAGCGACAGCAGCGCUUAUGGAUGUUGGUGUGUUGCCAGAUGCGAGGGUGAUUGGCACUUGGGAAGUCGCUCAGGAGCUUGGAUGUCUCGAAUUGUACCAGCCUCUUGGAAAGUUGCUCACUGCUAUCUACGACGUUGGCCACCAGCUUGGCGAGAUGAAGGCCAAGAACUCCACUGACGCGGGCAAGCUGCACCAGUGCAUCCAUACAUCUUUGGUGGAAAAGAGGGAGCUCUUUCAGGACUCAGUGCUGAAUGUGGCGCCAAACGCAGUGAAAGUUCCUGAAAAUGAUUUUGACAUCAAGCUUAUCAAGAAGUCGCUGUGUGAAUUGUUUGACGCCAUGGUCGCUGCUGAGCUCAAGAUGGUGAAGGCAUGCAUGGCUACCCACAUGGAUGCUGUGAAGGUCUUUGCUGUGGCAUAUUUGACUGGAUCAGAUGGAGAGAUGGACUUUGAUGCAGCAUUCACUGAUGCUGAACAAGCUUCCCUACGCCUAGCGUGUCUUCCCAAUGAUGAUCCAGAUCGAGCAGUUGGUCUCGCGGCUAUGCAGUUUCUCAGCAAGCUCUUCACUCAAGGACAAACGAAAUCCAAGUUCACAGAAUUGGAUGAGACGCACAAGCUGGUGGACAGGCUGCUCAGUGUGGCACAGAGGCUUAAAUCCAAUAUUGAUCUUCUUCGGUCAACAGGCUCGGUUUCAUGGAGUGCCAUUUGGCAGUUCUUGAAAUUGAACGAUGCGGUGGACAUUGUGGAUGUUGAGUCCAGGCUAUCACAUGAGACUGAGAAGUUGAAGGCUGAUUAUGCACAGCUGCUCAAGAAGCAGGAGGAGGCACUUUGGGCGUUAUGCGAGCAGGCCAACACCAUGAAUCCUCCUGAUGCAAUGGCCUUGGUCUAUGACAAAAGUCCCGAUGUAACGCCCAAGAUGGAUGAUAUUCCACAGGUGUCCCAGCUCAAUGACAAGCAUCUUGCCAAAGUCACUGCGGAAAUGCAAUCCCUAUUCGAAGUCACAGACGAAUGCCGCAAAAUGCUGACCGAUGACGAGUCCGAUGCAGCCAAGAAAUUGCAGAUAACAACACACAAGGCGCAGAGCAUCUACCACAACCUUGUAUCACUCAUGGCGGUGAUUGCCCUUUUGAAGAUUUUUUCAUGCCGGCGAUGGGCUAAGGCAAUGACUGCAGGUAACAAACCUCCUGCAAAACUCAUCAAAGAACUUAAAAAAACCAUGUUGACGGCAAGGGAGCUUGGGCUGAAUGUGCCUGCAAAUCUGCAAGCAGCAGCGUCUAAGCACUCCUCAGCCAUUGACGAGAGCUAAGUGAUGGUUUCUG